AUGUCCAAACACCGGGCGAGCCGGGCUGCAGACGACAGGACCGGGCACAGUACUCGGGGUGUCGGGGUCCCAGCCGAGGGAAGCCUGGGUGCGCUCAGUGUCGCCCCCGCAGCAUUGGUGAGGCGGCCCGAUCCCGCUCGGGCUGCGGCUUGGUCACUGGCGGCGGCGGGGACUCCACAUCUGGCGCCCCCGGUGCGCACGGUCCGCGCACCGCCCCCUGGCCGCGGCGAGCUGCGGCGCGUCGGGCGAGGCGGCACCAGCCACUCAGACAUGCAGCAGCUGAUGAGUGGACUCUGGCCCCAGGGUCCAGAUCCCUGCACUGACAAAGAGUGGACGUGGGAAGCUCCCUGGGAGACCUGUGAAGAGAGGCAAGGAUUUGCUGCUGAGGCAGGACCAGACCAUUACCUGGCACGCUGGACUCUACCUCCCUCACUUUAGUCAGAGUUUGAGCUACAGGCAGUGCCUUCGGCUCUGAGCUCUGGCAUCGAAUUUCCUUCUACAGUAAAGGACUGUCAAGAUCUGUGGGGCGUUGGUCAAGAUUUUCCCAACGCCCCUGGCUGUACCUCUUCUGCUACACGUGUCAGCAUGGCAGGAGCCUUCAGCCCUUUGUCCAGGCAGAGGGCGGAGAUGAACAUUCUGGAAAUGAACAAGGAAUUGCGCUCCCAGCUGGCAGAGAGCAAACAGCGGUUACGAGACCUCAAGGAGAAAUGGCGUAUCUCUGAAUCUAUUGCCUACUCCCUGGCCAACCAGCUGCAGAAAUACAGUAAGUUCUACAGAGACAUCUUAGAGGCCGUGCUGGGGGAGAGCAGGGAGCUGCAGGAGAAGAAGCAGAUGAACGAAGUGGGGCAGGGCUCAUUGGACGAACAAAAAUACUACGUCCUAAUUCCUGAUCAGGUGCAAGAGCUGACCCAGCUACGCCACAAGUUACAGGAAGGGAGAGAGGCCUCCUCCUCACUCAGCCAGCACCUCAAGGCCCUCCUCACGCAGGAGGAUGCUGACAACUACCAGGAGAAACUGGCGGAGAGGCACAGACUGGCAGAGCACCUCGCCCGCUCACUCAGCCCAGAAAACUAUGAAGAUGAGGAAGAUGAAGAAGAUCUAGAGUACUGGCCUCCAGAGUGA